GACCCCCAAAAGAGGCAGCAGAUUCUUGGUGGACAGCUCUCAUAUCCCCUCCUGGGAACACAAUGAAAAAGGUCUUUGGAAAAAUAGCUUUAUGAGCCCAGAGGAACUUUAUGCACCAGCAAGACAUGUCGGGAAGCUCCUCAGGUAGAAACACAAGCAGUCAAAUUUGUGCAUCUGAUUCAUCAUAUUGCUCCGAUCUGAGUGAGUCACAUACUUGGUCAGCCCCUUCCAGAAACAGACGGUUUCAGCCACGUUCGGAUUCUGGAAUAGCAUCUCUGCUUCCAUCAGACUCUUUUAAGUUCCUCACUUGGCACAAGGUAGAACAACAUGACAUUCAAGGAAGUCAGCUGCGUUGCCCAAGAGUGAGAGAAGGACCCUCCACAGAAGAGUUGCUCUUGAGACAGGAGGAGUGUGCCUUGGCCCCUCAGAAAAGAGUGCUUGAAAAAAACAAAUGGGAAACAUGGCUACAAGAAAAUUGGGAGAACUGCACGAAUUUGAACCUUUCAUUUCAAGAUUUGGGGGACCCUUAUCAAGUUGCAAAUUUUAAGAGGAUUCUCAGAAGACUAAUUCGAGUUGAAACCCUUUGGUUAGUGGAUAAUUCACUGGUGGAUUUAAGUGUCAUAAGAUUGCCAAGACGCAGAGUUUUAAAUAUGAACCAAAAUCAUCUCACAUCUUUCAAACAAUUGCCAAAGAUACCCCAGAUAGGGCACUUAGCCUUGGCUGAAAACCACAUUGAGUCUCUGACUGGCUUCUCCAGUUUACAGUGCACUCCACUAGAAUCCCUUACGCUCAAGAGGAACGCUUGUGAGUUUCACCAAAAUUACCGGAAACAAGUGUUCUCCUGUUUACCAAACUUAAAAAUGCUGGAUGGAAUCCUGAAGCUACCAGAAGAUUCUUCACCACCAGAAACCAAUGUCUUUUCAAAACUAUGUAUUAUAUCCUAAUGCAAUCUGUAUAGAAAUAAAUCACCAUUGUCUCUAAAAGCUAAUAAAUAUAGGGGAUGCAUAACUAAA